CACCCUCUGAAGCCAAGGAAUGUGAGACUGCUGUCCACUAAAAUGGGCCUGAAAGUCACGUGGGAACCACCCAAAGAUGCUGCCAGUAGACCCGUGGAGUAUUACAACAUUGCCUACGGGAAGUCACUGAAAAGCCUUAGCUACAUCAAGGUGAAUGCAGAGACAUCCUCCUUCCUUAUCGGGGAUGUGGAGCCGGGGGUAGUGUACUUUGUGCUGGUUACUGCGGAAAAUCACAGUGGAGUGAGUCGUCCGGUUUACAGAGCUGAAAGUCCACCUGGAGGUGAAUGGAUCAAGAUUGAUGGUUUCCCCAUUAAGGGUCCAGGACCAUUUAAUGAAACCGUCCCAGAAAAGGAAGCGCCCAACAAGCCCCUGCGCAUGCGUGUCCGGUCCUCAGAUGACAAGCUGUCAGUUCAUUGGAAAGCCCCGCGCCUGUCUGGAGCCAAGAGUCCCCGCAGAUCCCGAGGUUUCCUUCUGGGUUAUGGGGAAAGUGGCCGGAAGAUGAAUUAUGUCCCAUUGACAAGAGAUGAACGAACACAUGAAAUUAAAAAACUCGCCUCCGAGUCGGUGUACGUGGUCUCCCUGCAGUCCAUGAACUCCCAGGGACGGAGCCAGCCUGUCUACAGGGCAGCCUUAACAAAGCGAAAAAUUGCAGAAGAGGAUGAUCUCAAUGUGCCCAAAGACAUCAGUGUCCGCAUCAUGUCUUCCCAGUCUGUGCUCGUAGCCUGGGUGGACCCUGCUUUGGAGAAGCAGAAGAAGGUUGUUGCAUCGAGACAGUAUACAGUGCGCUACCGAGAAAAGGGGGAGUCAGCAAGGUGGGAUUACAAGCAGAUGGCCAACAGACGCGUUCUAGUGGAGAACCUGGUUCCCGACACCAUGUAUGAAUUCGCAGUCCGUAUUUCACAGGGGGAAAGAGAUGGGAAGUGGAGUACUUCUGUCUUCCAGCGAACACCAGAAUCUGCUCCCACCGCAGCUCCUGAAAAUUUAAACGUCUGGCCAGUCAAUGGCAAACCAACUGUCGUCACUGCAUCUUGGGACCCACUUCCUGAGACAGAGGGGAAAGUGAAAGAAUACAUUCUUUCAUACGCCCCGGCUCUCAAACCAUUUGGAGCAAAGUCCCUCACCUACCCUGGAAAGACUACCUCUGCCAUGGUGGAUGGUCUACAACCUGGAGAACGCUAUCUUUUCAAAAUCCGGGCCUCAAACAGGAGAGGACAGGGCCCUCACUCCAAAGCCUUCAUUCUCACUAUACCAUCAAGCUCCAGAGCAAAAGUACAGCAGAAAGCAGACAGUGAGGAGGAUUUGAGACCUGAAAAACCUGAGCCUUCAUCACCUUCUCGGAAAGUCCCAGCUUCAUCAAGACACACUCAUUCACCUGUUUCUCCCCAGAGUAGAAAUGCUCAGAACCCUCUCCUCGACUUGAAGAACAAAAUACUGGCUAAUGGUGGGGUGCCCAGAAAGCCCCACCUCCACCCUAAAAAGAGUGAAGAGUUGGAACUUCAAUCUACUGAGGUCACUGAGGAGGAGCGGAAUGGCGCAGACCCAUCCUCCUUGUCCUCUGAGACCCAAGACCCAAAGCGAACUCUGAAGCGGCUACCUCCAAGUAGGUCUUUCUCCGAUACCCUCAUUCCUCGGAGGACUCCGGCCCGAGCCCCAGUGCCAAUGGUGCCCCGAAAGGAAGCCAUGGACAAGCAUGGUACCUCACACCCCACUCCGGAGGUCUCUCCCUCCACUUCCGUCUCAUCUGCCCACCACACCUAUAUUGAUGGUGAAACUGCACGCCUGAAGCAGAGCAGCUCACGCCACCCCUUCAGAGGGACCUUUGCAAAGCUGCCGACCAACAGUGCUGACAACGACUCCAUUGAUGAAGACGAGGAAGACCAUGCUCCCCCCUCCAAGUCCGAGUCCUCCCGGAAGCUGCCUUCUAGAACAUCGGCAUAUUCACGGCCAGCCCCUCCCACCAGCAGACAGUCAGCUUCCAGCCCUGUGCGGGAGAGAAGUCAGGUGCACCCAGAGCGGAAGCCAUACUAUUCUGGACACCCCGAGGAAAGUCCCAGUGUUCCCAGCCCACCCUCAAGACUUUCUCCGCUGGGGGCCUCAGCUGAAUCCCAUGUUGGCUCUCCACUGUCCAGGGGGCUGAAGGAUGGCCACGUGGCACAGGCCACCAACUCCAAUGCACCGUCGAGGUCUACAGUGUCUUCCCCAGACUUUGUCCCUCAUUCCUCGAGGACACAGAUUCCUGAUAGCGAUGGCGACAGUGGCAAUGAUGCAGAAUACAGAGGCAGGCAGGCAGAGGCCACUGCCACAACACUGCGGGCCCGGCCAGCAAGCCGGCCUGUCUCUGGACAUCUCAAUCUUCUCAGAAAUAGGCCCUUAGGAGCCAAUGGUCGAUAUCCAAACAGGUUUAGCAACGGCCGAGGUCUAAGGUUGCAGCCUUCCAGCGCACCGGCGUCCACCGCGUCCCCCCGGGGGCCCUCCAGUCCCAGACUUGGCCCAGCCAUCCAUAGAGAUACAGAGGACCAGGCGGAGGAUGGGCAACCACUGCCUGCCACCGUUGUCAACGACUUCGUGCCCUCCUCCAGGCAGCCUGCCAACCGGGGGUUGGGCCACUUUAGAAGGGUCGUACAGAGAGGUCCUAGCGUGCAACGAAAGGAGCCUCUCUCAGGAAACCCCAAGUCCGCAGUGGAGACUUUUCCCUCAACGUCGGAAGAAGUGUCUUCUCAGGGCAAGUCCUCGUGGCCCUCCACUAAGGCUCAGGAUGUUCAGCAGAGCUCAGACUCCAAGGGUGAUGCCCCCCAAAUACAGCCGCUGUCCCCAGGGCGCCAGUCCUCCCUGGUGCGGUCUCAGCCCCACCCUGGGCUCAGUGUCCCCAGAAGGACAACACCUGGUCAAGGUCUGGGCGCCAGAGACCAUCCUUGGCCACACCGCCCUGUGUCCCAGCACCAGCCACGGGGUCACCAAGAUCAGGACUCCGGGCACCCGAUCUCCAAACUCAGUCAGGAGCGUCCUCAUCAGGGAGGCUCACAGGCUGCACCCCCAGAGCCUAAGCGCCCUCGGGUCCGCCCUCCCUCCUGGGCCACCUCUCCGCAGGGUCGGGACGCAGAGCGCAGAGCCGAUGACAGCUCGGAAAGGGCGGCCCAGGACGUGAGGCCUCCAGCGCGCUCGGCCCCGGAGUCUGCUGCGGUCCCCUCCAAGCACAGCCAGCUGGAGGUGGGGGCAGGCCUGACCGAUGAGAAGGCCCGCAGCCGCCCCACAAUUCCCCGAGGCUGGGCUCCGCGCCCCCGGCUCCAUGCCGCGGCCGGGAAGCCGGAGCCACCCGCCCAGCGACCGCCGCCGCCCACGUCCUCGGAGGAGGAAGCCGCGGGCGGUCCCCGAGCUGCCCUGGACAGCGGGCCACACCUGGAGGGACCCACCACUGAGGACCAGCGCAGGCCUGCGCCCCCGGCGCGCUCCAGACAGGAAGAGGACGCGCCCCUACGGCGGCAGCCCCCGGGCCGAGCCUCCGCAGCGCCACCCCGGCGCCCACCACCUGCCACGAGCGCUCCGUCUCCCCUUGUCUCCACUACCCCCAUGCUGUCCCUGCGACAGCGCAUGAUGCAGGCCAGGUUCCGGAACCCUCUGCAGCGCCCGCCCGCCAGAACCCCCUCCAGACAAGGUUAUAAUGGAAGACUAAACAUAGAUGGGAAUGUUCUUCCUGGUAGUAAUGGAAAACUAAGUGGACAAAGAAUUAUCAAUGGCCCUCAAGGAACCAAGUGGGUUGUGGAUCUUGACCGUGGGUUAGUACUAAAUGCAGAAGGAAGGUACCUUCAAGACUCACAAGGCAACCCUCUACGGGUUAAACUAGGAGGUGAUGGAAGGACCAUUGUGGAUAUGGAAGGCACUCCUGUGGUGAGCCCUGAAGGACUCCCCCUCUUUGGGCAGGGGCGCCAUGGCAAACCCUUGGCUAGUGCCCCAGACAGGCCCAUUUUGAGCCUUGGAGGGAAGCCCCUGGUGGGCUUGGAAGUUGUCAAAACAACCACCCGUGCCCCCACCACAACUGUGCAGCCCACCACCACCACCACCCCGCUGCCCACCACUACAACCCCACGACCCACGACCACCACCACCCGCCGGACAACCCCCACAAGUCGUCGGAAGACCACCACCACCCGCCGGAUGAGCACCAUUACACGCCCAAGGACUGCAAUCCGAACCACCACACGGGCCACCACCACCACCACCACCACGCCUGAGCCCACCACCCCAGUUCCUACCUGUCCUCCUGGCACCAUAGAACAACAUGACGAAGAGGGCAAUCGGAUAAUGGGCUCCAAUGGGACACCUCAGUGUUACCCUGAAGAAGAUGCAGGCUCAGGAUUCGACAGCGAUGUGUUGAUGCCCACAGAGGAAGCCUAUGUCGUCUAUGAUGAAGAUUACGAAUUUCAGACUGUGAGCCCACCAACCACUACCAAACCCUCAACGACCACAGCCAUACCGAGCAUCAUUUCACCAGAGGGGUCUGUCAGCUCCUUCCCUGAGGAAGAAUUCGACCUGGCUGGAAAAAAGCGAUUUGUUGCUCCCUAUGUGACAUACCUAAGUAAGGAUCCCUCAGCUCCAUGCUCUUUGACGGAUGCUCUAGAUCACUUCCAAGUGGAAAGCCUGGAUGAAAUCAUUCCAAAUGACUUGAGAAAGAAUGAUCUACCCCCUCAACAUGCUCCCCGCAACAUCACUGUGGUUGCUAUGGAAGGCUGCCACUCAUUUGUCAUCGUGGACUGGGACAAAGCCACUCCAGGGGAUGUGGUGACAGGUUACUUGGUCUACAGUGCAUCCUAUGAAGACUUCAUCAGGAACAAGUGGUCCACUCAAGCUUCAUCGGUGACUCACUUGCCCAUUGAGAACCUGAAGCCAAACACAAGGUAUUAUUUUAAAGUUCAAGCCAAAAAUCCUCAUGGUUACGGGCCUAUCAGCCCUUCGGUCUCCUUCGUUACAGAAUCAGAUAACCCUCUGCUUGUGGUGAGGCCACCAGGCGGAGAGCCCAUCUGGAUCCCAUUUGCUUUCAAACACGACCCUGGCUACACGGACUGCCAUGGCCGGCAGUAUGUGAAGCGGACAUGGUACAAGAAGUUCGUGGGGGUCGUUCUCUGUAACUCCCUGCGGUAUAAGAUCUACCUCAGUGACAACCUAAAAGAUACAUUCUACAGCAUUGGGGACAGCUGGGGAAGAGGUGAAGACCAUUGCCAGUUUGUGGAUUCACAUCUUGAUGGGAGAACAGGGCCUCAGUCCUACGUAGAAGCCCUCCCUACCAUCCCAGGCUACUAUCGCCAGUAUCGCCAGGAACCUGUCAGCUUUGGUCACAUUGGUUUCGGAACCCCCUUCUAUUAUGUGGGCUGGUAUGAGUGUGGGGUGUCCAUCCCAGGAAAGUGGUAG